UUCCGGCGUUGCCGGAGCGGUGCUCCUCUUGCUGCCGUGGGUGGGCACGAACCUCUCGAGAGCUGCGAGGCGGGCCGACUUCCCUAGGGGCCGCACUGCGGAGGACGCGGGAGGAGAUCCUCGUCGCGCGUGUGCACGAGCCGUGACCCCUGGGAAUGACUCCCUCUUCCUGAGACUCGGAACGGGCGCUGGCGGGUCCGGGCUUUCCACAGGCGGCUCCCUGGUCCUUGGGCACAUCUUACACGCGAGGGGACCUAGCUUCGAAGGUUUCACGUUCGGCCGGAGGUGCCUGCGCUGAGGGCUGGGGACAAGUACGGAGUUCACGGAGUUGGACUUAAUUCGGCGCCUGCUGCGGCCAUGCUCCGCCCACAGCUUCCGUUGGCCGGGGAGGCGCAGGGCCUGGUGACCUUUGAGGAUGUGGCUGUGUAUUUCUCCCGGGAGGAGUGGGGGCUCCUUAAUCUGACCCAGAGGAGCCUGUACCGUGAUGUGAUGCUAGAGAACUUUGCACUUAUUGGCUCGCUGGGAUUUGCACCUUCGAGGUCCCAUGUGGUUGCCCAACUGGAGAAUGAAGAAGAGCUCUGGGUGCCCAACAUGGUGGACUUGACUCUGAUCCGCAGAGCAGAGGCUAGAAGGGGUCCUGGUCCCGGUUGUCCAUGUAGACUGGAGGAUGAGGAAGCCCCUCCAGAGCAGAUGAAGAGCUAUGGAGUCUACCUAUCAGAGAAGCCCUUUCUGUGUGGGGAGUCUGGAAGGGGUGUCCCUGCCACCUUAGGUCUCCUUCAACACCAGGCCACCCACAGCAAAGAGAAGCCAUACAAGAGCACUGAGCAUGGGGAGGCCUUCCAAAACAGCUCCAGUUGCCAGCAGCACCUGGGAGUCCACACCACACAGAAGGCCUUCAAGUGCAGUGACUGUGGGAAAACCUUCUUGAAGGCUUUUGCACUCCUUGACCAUCUGAUAACUCACCCCACAGACCGACCCUUUAGAUGCCCAAAAGGUGAAAAUGCCAAGAAGAAACCCACUCAUGUUAAUUACCAAAAAAUUCACACUGGAGAAACAUCCCAUGUGUGUAAUGAGUGCGGAAAGGUCUUCAGUUAUCCAUCUAAACUGAGGAAGCACCAGAAGGUUCACACGGGCAUAAAACCUUUCAAGUGUAAUGAGUGUGGCAAAACCUUCAACCGCAAAGAUGCACUUGUUCUGCACCAGAGAAUUCACACUGGAGAAAGGCCUUAUGAGUGCAGCGAAUGUGGGAAAGCCUUCAGUGUUCUGUCUACUCUGAUUCGGCACCGGAAAGUUCACAUUGGAGAAAGGCCUUAUGAGUGCAGGGAAUGUGGGAAGUUCUUUAAAUACAACCAUAGCUUCAUUCUUCACCAAAGAGUUCACACUGGAGAAAGGCCUUAUGAGUGCAAGCAAUGUGGGAAAACUUAUGUGACCCGCUCUGGCCUGUAUCAGCACUGGAAAGUUCACACUGGAGAACGGCCCUAUGAGUGCAGCCUGUGUGGGAAGACCUUCACCACCAGGUCCUACCGCAAUCGGCACCAGCAAUUCCACACUGAAGAGAGAUCCUAUGAAUGUACAGAAUGUGGGAAAGCCUUCAAACAUAGUUCUACCCUCCUUCAGCACAAGAAAGUCCACAGUGGAGAAAGGCCAUAGGGGAUGUUGGAAAGACUGUAGACAGAACUAGGCACCUUGUUCAACAUGAAAGUCCUUAUUCCAGAAAGGAGAUUGAAGAGAGUAGCCAUUUGAAACCUAACCCUGGCAUACCCCAACAUGUGUCCUGGAGUGGCAGGUAUGUAGGAAGCUCUCAGGAGCCUAGUUGCACUCUGACCUGCCUAGGCUGUUAGCAGUGUUAAGUCACUGCUGGUUUCUGUGAUAGAAGCCGUCCCACUUCUACCAUGUGGCAGGUGCCCAGGGUGUGUAACAGUACCCUCAGUGCACUCUGGAACAGCAGAUCUCCUUGGUUCCCACUCUGUAUCGGAGGGAAUCAUGAGUGGUGGAGCCCAUAAUGGGCCUCAUUCCCUCCCGCCAACUGGUUUAGGUAUGUCUGUGACCAAGCUCUGGUCAAGAGUAGCUGAACUAUUCCUCCUGUGGGCUUCCAGAGAAGGUUAAUCAUUUCCACAGACAUAGUUGACACUACACAUGGUACCUGUCAUGGAUUUAUCCAUCCCUAGAACUGUCUCACACUUCCCUGGAAUGUAUGGUAAUAAAAGCUUUAUUGUUUAAGCCACCUUUAACGUUGGGGGUUCUGAUCACUGUGUGUGGAGAGAUUGAGAACAAAACUGGGCUCAUGAAGAGAGGGACUGGCUUAUCACUUCUUAGCCUUUUGGCUAAGAUCAAGUGGAGAAGGACUGGCUUCUGUUGGGAGGAGGGGUCCCUGCCUUUGGUUGCCAUAAUGGGAUAGCAGGAUGUUCACCUCAUGGCCAUUACCCCGGUCCUAAAACAAAGACCCUGAAGUCCUAGGAUGUGGCUAGUGUUCCUGGUGUCUGUGCACACCAUGGCCUUCAUUGUUUUUGCUGCCACUGUUCCAGGGCUCAAGGGAGAGAAGUCACUGAAUUAACAUAUGCGUCCAUAUCCAUUUGUUUUUGUGGGGUCUUUUGAUUUUAAAAAGUCUGGAAACUUAAUUUCCCAAAAGAUCAAUAAAACUUGUAUCUUA